ACUGGCUGUCAUGUCCAUCACGUCACGCAUUUCAUAAAUGAGGUCUCUGCGGCACAAGCGCACGCCACACGCACAUGUAUGUGUGGACGAAGCCGACCCACUCUCACCCAGCAACUCAUUCUUUGAGCCACGUUCCGCGUGCUUGCUCCGUCCAUCUUAUCUGUGCACAGAGCAGAAGCAGGCCGAGACACGGCUGGCGAGCUGGGUGGUGUGGCUGGGCUCUCCUUUUUCAGAUAGUAGGAAGUACAAAACCAUCCCCCAACCAUCACUACGUUACGCACGGAUCACGCCCCACCAUACAAGGGGGCCGAGGCAACAGACGGCGUACGCACCUUGGCUGCCGGUCUGCUGCCCCCGCCACAUUCACUAAUGUAACACUCGAAGUUGUGCCCGUCAUCCGGACAUACCUCAGAGAUGGUCGCCAGCACGACGGGGCUGCCGGGGAAUGACAUGGUCGGCUGCGACCGCCUCUUCCGCUGCUGCGGCAAUGGUAGCGACCUCACACUGCUGCUGCCGCUCCCGGCCGUCCCCGAGCUGUGGUCCGAGCCUGUCGCCGCUGACCGCCUCUCGGGCAGAAGGGCCAAUCGGUGGCUGCUCAAUGUCACUGCUCGUUUCUUGCCCUUGUUGUCAUGAUGGUGGUGGAUGGGCGACGCCCCAUCGCUGACGUGCGGCACCACCGGGGGCCGAGAGGGAGGGGGAGGCGGGCCCGGGGAAGAGUCCGAUAAGGCCCUGGCGCCCUUCGACUCGCUCGAGAAGGAUGGCGGCCGCGAUGUCCUGCCCCUGGCGGAGUGGGUAGGUUGGAAAGGGGAAGGAGAUGGCAAGGGGGCGGGUGGAGGGUCGUCGGGCUUCUUGUCGGUCGGCUGGCUGGAUGUGGACGUCGUCUCGCGGAUGGCUACUAUUGCCAGGCCAGGAUCGGUGGCAUCGGUGAGGGCCGUCAGGUGCACCGUAACCCACCCUCUAGACGGCACCUUAACCUUCAAACAAGAGAAAAAUCGAAGCCAUCACUUGACUGGACCAGCCUGCGAUGGGAAGUGUUCCCAUCGCACACACGCUUACACGUACGCACCUGCUGCAGAUGGUCCUUCAGGGAGCCGGCAGCAGAGAGCCGCCUGCAUGCUGCACGUGGUAAGAUGACGGCGGAUGGCACGCCCAUAAGGGUACCGCCCAUGAACAGGUUCAGGGUGCUUGAGCUAUGGACGAUCGACGACGUGUCUUGCAGCUCAAGCACCCCCUGAGCACAUCGCAAGACGAUAAUAACUCAGUUAUGCAGGCCAUGUUGCCACAUGUUUUCUCACCCAUCCGUCGAAGUGAAGGUCGACCAGUGCCCUCAUCCAGUUGGCCUCUUGAUCCUUCCUCCUCUCUCGUACUCGAUCGCUGACACACAAACCCAUGCAGUCUGUUUGUGUGUGUGUGUGGGUGGGUGUGUGUCGUUGCUGAUCGUGCUCACUGUGUAGUGUCUUGUAUCAUCCCCCAUAGGAAGCCCGGUAUGUUCUGCGCCUCCUGACCUCCCACCUUGAACCAUCUACAGGAACACAGACACACACGAUAUGUGUACGCACCUGGUCUGUGGGAAGGUUCAAUUACCUGAUCGAGCCGUCCUGCCUCUCAUAUUCGAGCUCAAGCAUGAAGGGCGUCCGCCGACAACCGAACAACGCCUGCACGGCAGACCAUGGAAGCCAACACACGCGCAGAAACCAUCAGUCGAUCGCGAAGCAGCCGACUCACUCACCGCGAAGGCGUUUCUGAGUUGUGUCCUUCCUGGCUCGAGGAAGUAUUCAGUCCACCAGAUGAAGUCAGCGUCCGGUUCCUCACCGUCGGCCGGCGACGAGCUGGCACCCCCGCCGUCCCCAAAGUGAUGGUGGUGCUCCCUUGGCGACCUCUUGCCGUUGCCCGUCCUGCCCGUGAGCGUCUGCCACACUCUGUCUAGAAAGAUCUCACCCGUCCGCUUCUUGGCUGCUGGCUUGUGGGGGUCGGUGGCGUCCUGGUAGAGGUCGCAGCCCCAAGCCAUGGCACCCAUCUGCAGGCAUCGAUCACAUACGUACGCACGUACGUGUAUGGGGGAGAGGGGCGGCGUGUGUGGGGUGGUAGUUACCUGUUGGCCAACGGCUUCAACGAGGGAGGAGAGCUUGACUUGCUCUCGAAAUCGCUCAGACACGUCCUUGAGGCACACAAGAAAGAGCAGGGGCUCCCUGCUGUAGACCUUCACAUACACCUGAAGCCGUACAACACACAAACACAAACACAGACCACAAGAAUCACUCAGGCAACACCCCACUGCAAGCGCCCACCCAUCGUAUACAUCACUCACCUCGCAGUGGCAGAAUUCCUCGCCUUCCUUGCCUUUGGACUCACCGCACCCCGUCGACUCCUUCUGUCCGAAUCGCUUCACCUUGAGAAUGGGCGCAGUGGACUUGGACUUGCCAUUCUGUGGCUCGUCCCUCAGCGCCGCGUCGAAGAGAUCGCUCAGUGUGGCCGUGGUGAUGCCGAUGAGCUCCGACAGGUGGCGGCCAUAGAGUGAGGAUUCGCCCAGCAGCCUGUCCGCAUGCGGGGAGGCGUCGAUGCACGUGGCGUCGAGGCCGGCCAGCAGCACAAUGUCGUGGCCGCAGUUGACCAGAAACGUCAGCUGGCUCUUGGUCCGGCUGUGGGUCUUGAAGUUGCGACGCUGCAUCCGCUCCUGCGCGACACACCAUGUACCGAUCACACACACGCGCGCGCACACACACACACACACACACACGUGUGUUCGUGUGUACGCGUGUGACGUAUACGGCUGGCUGGGCUGACCGUGUUGAACGAGGUAAUGAGUGAAAGGGCGAUAGGCAGCAGAAUGCCGAGAAGGAGUCUCAUCUGGUCCUCCCUGUCCCCUUGUCCGCCGUGGCCCAGCAUGACGCAAGCAAAGCUCAGGCUCCACGAGAACAGUAUCAUGGUGGCCCUCUCUAUCGACCGACUGAGGGAAGGAAGACACACAGCCCUUUCUUCUCUUGUCGGCAUUGUCUUGCAAGGUCUGUCUGUCUGUCUGUCUAUCUGUCUUUGUGCGUAUACUACAUGCUUACAGCCAGGGGCAAGCGUUGAGCCAGACCAGAUUGACCAUCACCGGCCAGCCGGGACCUACGGGCGCUUUGCUCGGAUGGAUGUUGACGUACUUCUCCCGAACGUAGUCAUUGAUGCCUGUCGAAACGAAUUACGACAUCCAAGCAAAGCCGUGCGGUGGGGUGCGGUGUGUUGCGUUGCGUUGCGUUGCGUUGCGUUGCGUUGCGUCCAGCCCAGCCCGGCCCGGCUUCUCUGUCGCUGCUCACCGAUUGAGAUGAGAAAGAACACAAUGUAGGUGAAGAAGGUCACGUGUGCGGCGUACAAGCGGCGGCUCUCCGACGGGCGAAACAGCCGAUAGUACAAGAGGCUGACAGUGCUUGCGAUGACGGGGAUGGUUCGCGCGAAGGAGAGCGUGACGAUAAUCAGCUGUUUGUCGAGCGAGUAGGACGGAAAGGCCGACCAGUCGACACUCCAUCCUUUGAGGAUCGCCUGUGCAGGCAACGAACGCAUGAUGAAUCAGUGAUUCGACGAUUGCGGCGAUUGAUUCAAGACGCAUACAAACACAUGAGAUGGUUCUGGGCUUCGUACCCCUAAGGCGUAGAAGGCGCAGAAACACGACACAGGGUAAAACACCGUCUCCGUCCCAUCGUACUGCUGUGCGCGGUACUCGGCCUCUGAUGCGCAGACACAAGCAAACGGACAUGCGCCGCCUCCCAGCACAAUUGAUUGAUUCACCUUGAGUCGUCUGUUGUCUUACCCAGUUGUUCGUUUCGAAAGAGCAGCUCACGAGCAAUGAGCCUCUCCCUCAGCGACGUCCGUACGCCUCUAAAACACCGGAGCGCGAGGCUCCACAUCGGUUCCUCAAAAGAUCUUCAAUCCUUCAGACAUGAGAGAUACAAGCAGAUGAGUCGAGGUCCCUGACAAAGAUCCGCG